AUGUCGUUCGCUAUGUCGCUAUCCAUGCGCAGGUGUGUCGUAGGGUCACACUCGAUCUCACAACUGGCCGUCAGAGGUAAAAUGGGAAAGAAAGGUGCCAAGAAAGGAGGCAAAACAGCCGAACAGAAUGUCAGUGAAUACGAGAAGCGCAGGGACAUGAUGGCCGGACUUAUGGAUUACAUAGAACCCAAGCCACGGGAGGCCAGCAAACUCACUGCAGAG